CAACUAAGAAGACGUCAUUAACUAAAGUAGAUAAAACAACUACUUCAGCUACAUCUACACCAUUUUUAUAUAAAGCAACUACGAAGACGACAUUGACUGAAGCAACCUCGACUAAAACUUCCACUGAUUAUCGAUUAACUACUAAAGCAACUACGAAGACAACAUUAACUGAAGUAGCUAAAACAACUACAUCAACUAAAGGAACUCUUUUAUCACAAUCAACGACUACAACUGCUGGGAAGGAGACGACAUUAACGACAACAUCUUUUACUAAAACAUCUACACCAUUUUUAUAUAAAACAUCUACACCAUUUUUAUAUAAAACAUCUACGAAAACGACAUUAACUAAAACAAUUACAGAAACUACAAAGUCGACAUCUACACCAUUUUUAUAUAAAACAACGACAUUAGCUAAAAUAAAAACUACAGAAACUACAAAACUGACAUCAACUAACGCAGCUAAUUU